AGGCCUAACAGGAGAGGACCAAGCGCAGGGAGGCCACGGGAAGGAGUUAAGUCUAGGACGUCCUGGUCCGCGAGGGAGCUUGAGCCCCUGAGAUUCGGGAGGCUGAGCUGCCUGUUUGGCCGGGCGUCCAAACGGGUCUGAGAGUUCAGUCAUGUUUACACACGCGUGGACGCGCGCCUUGCGCAAGAACAAGACCCUUCGCUACGGAGUUCCAAUGUUGUUGUUGGUUGUUGGAGGUUCUUUUGGUCUUCGUGAGUUUUCACAAAUCCGUUAUGAUGCUGUGAAGAUUAAAAUCGAUCCUGAAUUAGAAAAAAAACUGAAAAUGAAUACAGUGUCAUUGGAAUCAGAGUAUGAGAAAAUAAAAGACUCUGCUUUUGAUGAUUGGAAGAAUAUUCGAGGACCCAGGCCUUGGGAGGAUCCUCAGCUCCUCCAAGGACGAAAUCCAGAAUUGCUGAAGACAAAGACAACUUGACUAUUCUGAUUUCUUUUUUUAAUAAAAUGUUAUCAACUGGAAUUCCCACUAUAUACUCCUAUCCAGUGGAAUGAAAAUUCCAGACCUGCAGAAGCUUUGAUGUGAGUAAUUUGAUGAAAGAUAAUCUUGAUAAAAAGUCAAAUACAGGUGUUCAUACUUCCUAACUCUCCCAUGUGCAAAUGAAAGUAACAAUGUAGUAACAAUAUUUUAUACCAUUCAAUAAAAAUGUGAACACUGCUA